CCGAAACCAUCAGCCACCGCAGCAACCACCUCACAAAGACAAAGUCAACCUCACCGGAGAGAAGAAGAGAGAAGCGAGAAGAUGUCGGGCCGCGGCAAGGGAGGCAAGGGGCUCGGCAAGGGCGGCGCCAAGCGCCACCGGAAGGUGCUCCGGGACAACAUCCAGGGCAUCACCAAGCCGGCCAUCCGUCGUCUCGCGCGCAGGGGCGGCGUGAAGCGCAUCUCGGGGCUCAUCUACGAGGAGACCCGGGGCGUGCUCAAGAUCUUCCUCGAGAACGUCAUCCGCGACGCAGUCACCUACACCGAGCACGCUCGCCGCAAGACCGUCACUGCCAUGGACGUCGUCUACGCACUCAAGCGCCAGGGACGCACCCUCUACGGAUUCGGAGGCUAGGCCGUCAACCAGAUUUAGAUUGUUCUAGGGUCGACUGGUCGUUGAUGUAACCGCAGCAUCUCGCUGUUGUUUGCUGUCUUUUGUGGAAUCGAAUGGACUGCAAUGGAAAUUUAACUAGUUCGUUGUUGGAA